AUGGACAUCGACAUUUCAGACAUCUUAGCAGACAUAUCCCGGCCUAAUGUAUCAAGCCUACCUGACACAUCAUCUCCAUAUGGCGGUUCCUACGUCUAUGAACCCUCGAUAGCAGCCACAGACCACAUACUUCUAACCAGACACUGGACCUCCGAGCGCUGUACGCCCUCCCUUCUCGCCUACCCAACAGCACUCAUCAACCGCGUUAUGGAUCGCAUCCGUGCCCAGAUUACACGAAUCGAAGACCUAGCAAGCGGGACCUACAGCAACGACUAUGGACAUCACCAGCAGCAACAACCACAACAAAACCUCAACCUCGUCCUUAGCAUACUACAGACAGACUUGAGCAGGACCCAGUUCCUAAUGCGGAGUUACUUGCGGUGUCGUCUAGCGAAAAUAACGACAUCCGCGACAUAUUACUCAAAGUAUCACGUCAAUGCUUCCACCUCCUCCUCCGACACCGACACAAAAACCCCUCUACUAAGUGAGCAGGAAACACAGUACCUCCAGCACCACAACCAUCUACUCCUGAACCUAUACAAUUCGUCUUUCCUGCUGAGUUUGCCCCCGAACCUGAGAAGGCUAGACGAUAACACCGGGACUACAGGACGGAUGGACGAGGGCCCCGAUAUGGCUGCGGCGGUGAUGGUGAGGUGUCUUGCGAAGGAGUGGAAUAACGAGACUGAUGUGUUUGCGGAUGAUGGGCUGGAAGGAGGAGGACAGGGGACGCAGGGGGAUGUGACGCAGGAAGAGAAUGCGAGUGUGGAAUUGAGGUGUGAGAGGGGGGGUGUGCUUGUGGCGAGAUGGAGGGAUGUUAAGAGUGGUGUUGAGAAGGGGGCGCUUGAGGUUCUGUAG